CGCGUCGUUCUUCCCACCUGCAAAGCCAACCACCGAUUACUCGACAGCUAUAAUGAAAGGACGAUUCAUUGUGAACCCGUUCACAGAGCUAGCUCUGACUGAGAAUGACCAUGCCCAACUUAAAGACCUGGCCAACUGUCUCAUCAUGUCCAAUCUUGAAAAAUACACCAAGUACCAGGACGAGAAGAACAAAGGAGUGAACCCACGUCGCUGGAAACUCUGCAAGCAGCGCCAAGGUAUCAAAAUGUACGUCGAGCGUCAAGUUACCGCUUCGUCCGGAGAGAAUCUCAGUGGAAACGGUUUACCGUUGAUCUGGGGCAGGGAACAAGGAAGGCAAGCUCGAUGACUUAAUGUACGGCCUCGUCAGUCCCACACUCGAGUCGAUGCGUGUCAAGGCGUCAUACGUUGAUGACUUUAGCGGCGCGGCUGUGCUCGACAGUAUCGUCGAACCGUCUCUGGAAGAGCCCUACCAAGCUCUGAUCGUCAAGUGGAUGGAGAUAGAUAUCCCGUUCGCCUCUAUAAACCUCGUUAAGAACCGCGACUACGUCUACAUCGAUGCUACGGGGUUCAUCAAGUGGAGGAACGGUGAACGUCUGGCCUACCACCUCAUGCACUCAGUAAAUUUCCCCAAGACACCUGAUCUCCCCAAUCGUAUUCGCGGUAACAUGUCGGCUAUGGCGUUCUGGCGUCAAGUUGGGUCUAAUACAAUGGAGCUCUUCGGUACUGCCGUCAUGGACCCAGGUGGUGAUAUGAUCAAGAGAAUUGCAGUGCCCAAUAUGGUCGGUGUCUUCUUUUGUACACUAAAGUACGCCUACUGUGGUCAGAUGAAGAAGCUCGCGUUUAUGUUGGACAAGAAAUACGCAGAGUCCAAGCUCCAUGGAGCCCCGAACAAGAAGAAUAUUUGUGUGACGUGCUCCACCCCGAUCACUAGUCGCAGACUCGGAGACUUUGGCAAGAGUGACCACACGUGCAAGCUCUGCUUCGGCUACGUAUGCCACGCGUGCAAGAUCGUGCGGAAGCUCAGCUUCGUGGACCCAGACUUGCUGUUGUCACAACGGAAAGUGACGUUCUGCACGGCGUGCAUCAGUGAGGUGACGAGUAUGAGCUCCGUCGAUGUAGCUCGCGCUCAAAUGCUUGCCAGCGGGAGAAUUUACGCAGGACACAUGCACUCAGGCAUGCAGUCAUCCAUAUCAUCGGACAGUGUUGACACGCGAAGCAUGAUCUCGGACUAUUUGGUGGAUGCUGGAGCUUUUUGAUCGAGAAUUAAUAUAUAUUCAACUUUCUUUA